AUGACAUCAGAGUUGAAUAGAUGGAGAGAUGUGACGGCAGAAUGGAAGACGAUGAAUCGAAACUCAUUGUAUGAAUUGAUAUCUACUCCACUUGUCGACAAUGAAUUACAGAGACUAUCAAUCUUUUUGACAAACCUCUAUAAUAUCAUAAAAGAAAAGAAUGGUAUUGAAGAGAUACUAGAGGAAUAUAUGAAUGUAUUUGUAUUGAUAACAAAUUUGAUCAACAUUCCCAUCUUUUCAACUUCAUCAAGACAUGAAUACAUAUCAUCUAGUGCCGAUACAAUAUACAAGAUGAUUAUAAUCUUUUUAAACAAAUCAAAUAUCAAUCCGAAUCACAAUCAUAAUGAUGAUAAACCAUCACUUUUAAAAUUAAAACAAAGGAUUAAUGGAUGGUCAAUUAAACAAUUAGAACAAGCAUGGUGUCGUGAAAAGAUUGUAAGAGAAUCAAAUGAAAUAUCUUAUUUACAUCAAUUGAUGGAAAAGAUGAGAAUAGGCAGCCAAGAUUUACAUGACAAACAAAUUGAAUUGUACAAUACCGAAUUGAUCAAUACUCUGACCAGACUAAGAAAUAGUCACUAUAUAUACUGUGACAUUAAUGUCAAUUAUCUAUCAUCUGCCAUCAAUGUAUUAUCAAAAUCAUCAAUUGAACCAGAACUGUGUCAAUCCAUUUUAGAUUCCAAUUUGGAAAGAUACAAUGAACAAUCUGGUACUAUUAUUGGAUUAAAUACUAAAUUUAUAAAAGAUACAUUAUCAAAUUUAAAACAACAAGAUCAAUCCUCCUCUUUAUCAUCAUCAUCCACUUCAUUAUCAUCAUCGCUUCAAAGUAAUAUCAUUUCAAUUUGGACAAAAUAUCCACAAAUUUAUUGUAAAUAUAUAUUAGAAAUUUUAGUAAAAUAUUUUGAUCAAUUUCAAGAUGAUCCAUAUUCAUUUGAAAAGAAAAACUCUUUGGAUAAUAUUAAAGUUACAAAUGAUGUAGGGUUAUCGACAAUUGCUCAAUGUUGUUUAUUAAAUCCUCAUAUUCAUCAUUUCACAAUGGAUUUUUUAAAACAACUUUGGAUCUCAUCACCUUGUUAUUUAGUAUCUGAUUUCACAGGACAAUUAAAUCAAUUAAUUGUUAAAAAAUAUCAAUUAAUUAUUACUAAAAAUGAUAUUAGUCUUUAUCAGUAUUAUCCAAAACAUUUAAAACAAUUAAUAUUUAUUUAUCAACAAAUGUCAAAUCAAUUAAUUGAUUAUGAAGAAUUUGACAAGUCAUUUGUCAGUUAUUUCCAAAGGAUUCAUGAAUGUCAAAGCUAUAUACUAUCACAAUACUCUAACGCUACAAAUCCACCCAUUUCACAAAUACUCUUUGAUAUUUGGUUCAUUUCAAAUCAAUUUAUAAGAUUUUUCAAUCAAUCAAUGAGUUAUCUUACAAAAUAUCAAAAUAUUAUUAAUCAGGAUCAAUUAAAAUUAAAUACAUUGAUUGAUUAUAUUAUUUGGAAUAGAUAUCCUUAUAAUAUUAACGAUAAUGAUAAUAAUAAUAAUAAUAAUAAUAGUACAGAAUCAAUUCCCUAUCACCUUGGAGAUAAAAAACAAGAACAAGAUAUAAUUAAUUUCCAAAGACAAUUAAAUCAAUUUAAAUCAUUUCUAUUCAAGUAUUCAGAAAAACAAGGAAAAUUAGAAUCAGAAGAUGAAUUAAUCAUGGAAGAAGAUAAAGAGUUGUAUUAUAUAUUUAAAUCUUUUUAA